AUGAGUAAAUCAGAGGCCCUAACUCGUCAAACAGACUCAUAUGCAUAUGUUUUAAAAUUUCUUUCUCUUCAGAUACGACUCCUACAACAGCCCUUCACGUUAGAUGAAGACAUACUAUCAGAAGUAGUAAGUGGAUAUAGACGGCUGCAAAGAGAAGAAGCAACUAAAAGAGUAAAACGGGCAGUAUUGAAAGUAAAUGCCUUACUAAGCUCUCAUUAUCGCAGAAUUUUUACCCAUCAGGCUCUUGAUUCUUUGGCUCUUCAAAUUAUAUCCAACGAAAAGUCGAUAAAGCUUUCCAGCCUCACACGAAUUAAAUCUUCUCAUGAUUUUCUCGUCCCAUUAAUACAUUCUGCUCAUCAAAACCAGCUUACCUCCACUAGCCUCAAAUCUACUUUAGACAUUGUGGCCAGAAUACCUGAUGUGAAAUAUUUGGAGUUUGAUCAGCUACCGAGCACCACGGAGGCCGUCAAUGAUGAGGAUGACAAUGAUGAUGAAUUACAAGUGGUAGAAGAAGUCGAAGUGAAAAAAGUAUUGAAAAAGUAUGUUUUACUUAGAGCCCAAUUGAAUUUACAAAGGUUACAGAUGUUGCAAAAAUUACAAAAAUUGGAAUACUAUCGUGAUUUGAAUAGAAAGGUGCAAGACGGGCUAUUGGGAGGAGGCAAAAUCUGUUCAACAGGUAAUUACAGAAAUGAUGAUAAUGAUAAUAAUAAUGGUGAUACCAGAAGAAGGACAGCAAUUGCUGGUAUUCAAGCAAACUUAAUAACCUCAAAAAGUGAAAUAUUUGAUGAAGUUGCAAAAUUGAGAGUCAAUUUGGGCAUAUUGGCACCCAAGAUCAAAGAGAUUAUUGAAAAAGGAAGUGACGAUACAAGUUUUGCUGUGAAACUACGACAACAGAAACUCAUCGACUUAUAUGAGAAGAUGGAAGAUUAUUGA